UCUUCGUUCACUACGCUGGCUCGCGCCCACGUCGACGCCACGCCACACCACACCACUUCACUCCUGCCCACUACCAGCUGACAGUGUCCUACCCUACCUAUCCUGCGGCCAUCGUUCCUCUCCAUGUAUGCUUGACGCGCAGUCAUGAAACCAUCCGAUUCAGGCCCUCUGUUACGUCGAAAGUCCUCCACUCCUCACUACCAGACCUUUGGAGGCAUCUCUCCUCCAAAGUCUCGAGGCCAGCCUCUUUCCGUAUCCUCCAAUUCCUCUAGCCAUGACCUCCACAACCAAGACGAUGAGCAACAAAGCUCUCCGCUCCCUAAAAAACAGAUGGCUAUUCUGGCCGUUAUAGCCCUCUGCGAACAGACAGCCCUCAAUUCCAUCAGUCCCUACUUGCCUGCAAUGGCUUCCACUUUUCCAGAUGUCAACCCAGGCCAGGUUGGCGUCUACGUUGGCACCAUAGCUUCAGCCUUUGCUCUGGCCCAGCUGACUACAAACUUUUUCUGGGGUUGGUUGUCGGAUCACAUUGGGCGGAAACCCGUCAUUUUAUUGGGCACCGCUUUCACUGCAGCCUGCUUCGUCGCCUUUGGCUUCUGCAAGACUCUAUGGCAAGCUGUUAUCGUUCAGGCUUUGAUGGGCCUAUUGAACGGUAACCAGGGCGUAGUCUCGACCUGUCUAGGAGAAAUAACAGAUCGGAGCAAUCAGUCCAAGGCCUUUACCUAUCUGCCUGUCUUGUACGGUCUGGGCGGUAUUACUGGUCCAGUGAUCGGUGGGCUUCUGGUUUUCGAACAGAACCCCUUCGACAAGUCCAAGCCCAACCCCUAUCCCUACCUCCUCCCAAACCUUUUGUCCGCCUCUAUUCUUGUCGUCGAUCUUGUCCUAACCUCCAUCUUCUUGGAGGAGUCUUUGGAGGAAGCCCAAUAUCAAGCCCCUCUCGGUGUUCGAGUUCGCAAUUUGUUCGUAUGGCUAUGGCAAUUCUCCUCCUCCGCUCGCCCAUCUUACCUGCGAGCAAACAAAAAACGAGCCAACUUGAAUCGUCAAGAUGAUGGCACUGACCAGUCAGAAGAUGAUGCAAGCGACGCCGGCCUCGACUCGCAAACAUUCUUCCAUUCGGGAGAAGAACUCAAAAGUCGUGACAUUCUCAACCGUGACACCAUCCUCUUGCUGGCGACCUAUCUAAUCUUUCAACUCUCCAACAUUUCGUUCAAUUCUCUAUACCCCAUAUUUGCCCAGGCGUCCCCGCCUACUGGUCGAGAUCUAGACCCUGAGGAGAUAGGAUUAUCCUUGGCUUUUGCGGGUGCUGUGACCAUCUUGUUCCAGGUCGGCCUUUUUGGCAAACUUCGAGAUAGAGUCGGCAACCGUUGGGCGUAUCGGAGUGGAUUUGUUGGUUUCGUAGUGGCAUAUCUGUUGAUGCCAUGGGUGGGUUACAAAAAGCAAGAUCAGGGAAGAGGAUUGUCCCAUGGCGCAGCAUGGUUAUGGUUUGAAAUUUGUCUCAUUCUUCUUAUCAAGACGGUCGCUGCGGUCGGCGGUCUAACCAGUGCUUUGUUGUUGAUUACCAAUUCCGCUCCCAACCAUAAUGUGCUGGGGACGUUGAACGGUCUUGCUCAGACACUAUCCGCCGCAGGUCGAGCUGUAGGCCCAUUUGUGUCUGGAGGCAUGUUUUCUUUGGCCACCAAGGUCCAACCCAAGGGAGAAGCGCUGGCGUUUGGUUUAUUUGGAGGGAUUGCUUUUGUUGGGUUUUUGCUCAGUAUGGGCAUUCGAUCUCCUGAUCUUGAGGCCGCAGGUUGGGAAUCUGGAGACGAUCAAGAUGAUUCCAGCGACAAAUCAGAUGACGAUGAAACUAUGACAUAGAGCUACUGUUAGGUUGACAGCUCGAAACGACAGAAAAUGAAAUGACCAAGGUUUGCUGAGU